AUGUCAGAUUCAGCCAGCGAACCUUCCUCUAAAAUUACAGAAGAGCCCAAGGAGUCUAUCGAAGAUGUCGGCUCCAACUCGUAUCUCACACUUGUUCAGAAAAUUAAGAGCACUCGCUUCGAUUCUACGCCUACCCCAAUGUCGGACUCGGCCAGCGAGCCAGCAUAUCAAACUACCGAGCAUUUGAAAAACUCUAUCGAAGAUACAAGCUCCAACUCGUAUCUUGCGGUCGUUCAGAAAAUCAACACCAUCGGACCCCAACAGCAAGGACCGGCAAAGGCAACCGGCGUGCGUACGCGAGAAGAAGAUGUCACAAUGGAAUUUCAAGAACCCCCGACGAAGCGAGCUCGCAUCGAGCAAGACUCACCUCAGCAAACUCGAAUAUCCGAUGAGCAAAAGAGACACAUUGAAGGAGCGCUGAAAGCUCUUAUGAAACAUCCCGCUGCAGUUCCAUUCCUCGUUCCGGUCGACCCCGUGCAGGCGAAUAUUCCAACUUAUUUUGAUGUAAUCAAGCAACCGAUGGAUCUUGGAACGAUACAGAGUAAAUUGAUGGCGUCUCCGUGUGCGUACGAUACGUUACAGUCCUUUGUCAACGACGUGGAUCUCGUGUUUGAUAAUUGCUAUCGCUUCAACGGCCUUGCGCACUCAAUAUCGCAUCUGGGUGUCCAAUUGCAGACGGAAUUCCAGAGGCAGAUGCGCCAGUUACCGGAGAGCGCGAAUCUUGAAUUCAGAGCUAUACCAGAAGUUAUUCCUCUAGCUAUUCCUCCAGCGUUGCCGCCCAAGAAACCGAGCAACACUGCCAUCAAGAAAAUUAUUCCUCCUCCCGUUUACACACCAGCUACCUUGAGCUCGCGUAGCAGGCGCGAUCCACUUCGCAUCGCCCAAGUCAAGUUUUGCAAGACGGCCCUCGAUCAUUUGUACCGCAAAGAGUACGAAACAUGGGUUUUCCCAUUUCUCCGGCCAGUAGACCUCUCAGAGUUUCCCAACUACCUCGAAGUCAUCAAGAAUCCCAUGGACCUCGGGACCAUUCGAGACAAGUUGUCGCAUGCGGUAUAUGGGACCGCCGAGGAAUUUCACAAAGACGUCAAGCUCAUGUUCACCAACUGCUAUACGUAUAAUCCAGACUGGGCUCCUGGGAUAUGCCAAAGAUCUCGAAAAGUGUUUGAUUCAAAGUGGAAGGAGCUCCCUCUCGAAGUUGAGGUACAAGAGAAAAGCUCAAGACGCGAUGCGAAGAAACAUGUCGGCGAAGGGCCCGUCUUGACCCAACUAAGAACAAGGCCAAACAAGACAAAGCCGCGCAACUCUACAGCAUCUUCUUUGACAGAGAAUCAAAAGAUUGAGCUAUGCGACGCGCUAUGGGAACUACCAGAUGCCAAAUUGGACGAAGUCAUUGAACUUAUAAGGAAGCGGCUCCCACAAUAUCGAAAUAAUGUGGAGACCAUGUCGCUGGAUUUCGAGCACAUUCCCCCUGCUGUGCAGUGCGAGAUGUUUGACUUUUUGGGUUUAAAGUCAAAGGUUGUGCAGGAUUUGGAUAGCUCAACCACACUCUCGAGUUCUGAUAGUGAACAGCAAAUGGAUACGAGCGAUGAUGAUUCUUAG